CACACUCCCUUGUGUAUUUAUUAACGAUAGCUCAGGGAGACGUUCGCCAGGGGAAAGAAUGGAGCCUUUUGUGCUUAGAACAGCCAUCUGAACUGGGGCUUCCUCCUGCUUCUACUAUAUCCAUGUUACUAAGGAAGAGGUUUCUUGCCCGGGCAGGUAAACGUAUUCUCUCCUUUCUUUCCAGAAGGACUGUAGGCCGUGGUACCUUGUUUUCUCAAGCUUUCUUAGUGGACCUCUGAGGUCCUGAUGCCAUCCUGCAGGUGGUUCCACCGUGACCUGAGUGGCAUCGAUGCUGAGGUCUUACUCAAAGCACGAGGAGUUCAUGGCAGUUUUUUGGCUCGCCCCAGUCGGAAGAACAAGGGGGAUUUUUCCCUUUCUGUCAGGAUUGGUGACCAGGUAACCCACAUCCGUAUCCAGAAUACGGGGGACUUUUAUGACCUCUAUGGAGGAGAGAAGUUUGCCACUUUGUCAGAACUGGUUGAAUAUUACACACAGCAGCAGGGGUCCCUGCAAGAUAAAGAUGGGACCAUCAUAGACCUGAGGUAUCCGCUGAAUUGCUCUGAUCCAACAACAGAAAGGUGGUACCAUGGUCAUCUUUCUGGCCCAGCUGCUGAGACCUUACUCCAAACUAAGGCUGCACCAUGGACUUUCUUGGUUCGUGAGAGCCUCAGCAAGCCGGGUGACUUUGUGCUGUCUGUCCUCACCGACCAGCCUAAAUCUGGGGGGGAUGCCACUGGAGCUGCUAGCGCCCCCAAAGAACGACUUAAAGUUACUCAUGUCAAGGUUAUGUGUGAGAAGGGGAAGUACACAAUUGGGGGCACAGAGAGGUUUGGCAGCUUGGCUGACCUGGUGGAGCAUUUUAAGAAGACAGGAAUUGAAGAGGCAUCUGGAUCCUAUCUGUAUUUGAGACAGCCUUUCAAUGCCACCCGGGUGAAUGCAGCCGACAUCGAGGACAGGGUACAGAUGCUCAACAAGAGAAGCCAAGAGGAAGAGGCUGCCAAAGGAGGUUUCUGGGAGGAGUUCGAUAGCUUGCAGAAACAAGAGACGAAGAACUUGUAUGAUCGGCAUGAGGGCCAAAGACCAGAAAACAAGGGCAAGAACCGCUACAAGAACAUUUUGCCAUUUGACCACUCUCGAGUCAUCCUCCAAGACAGAGACCCUGGGUCAGAUUAUAUAAAUGCCAACUACAUCAAGAACAAGCUAUUCAGCCCUGAGGAAUGCAGCAAAACUUACAUUGCCAGCCAAGGUUGCCUGGAUGCCACCACCAACGAUUUCUGGCAGAUGGUGUGGCAAGAAAACUCACGAAUCAUUGUGAUGACCACUCGAGAAGUGGAGAAAGGAAGGAACAAAUGUGUCCCUUACUGGCCAGAGGUGGGCAGCAGCAAAGAGUACGGGCCGUACAUUGUGGAAAACAUCGGAGAACAUGAUGCCUUAGAAUAUAAACUCCGACAGCUCUGCCUUUCAUCAGUCCACAAUAGUGAGGCUGUGCGAGACAUCUGGCAUUACCAAUACCUGAGCUGGCCUGACCAUGGAGUGCCCAGUGAGCCUGGAGGAGUUCUGGGCUUUCUUGACCAAGUCAAUCAGAAGCAAGAGAGCAUCCCUGGAGCUGGACCCAUUAUAGUUCAUUGCAGUGCUGGGAUUGGUCGCACCGGUACCAUCAUAGUCAUCGAUAUGAUUGUGGAUUUGAUCUCCAUAAAAGGGUUUGACUGUGAUAUCGACAUCCCAAAGGCCAUUCAGAUGGUUCGCUCCCAGCGCUCAGGCAUGGUGCAGACCGAAGCACAGUACAAGUUCAUCUACAUGGCUAUCUGCCAGUUCAUAGACACCACUAAGAAGAAGCUGGAUGUUAUGCAGACUACGAAAGGAAAACCAAGUGAAUCUGAAUAUGGGAAUAUAACCUACCCACCCGCACAGAAGAUAAAGGCUUCACGGAAAUCCUCUAAGCAAAAGGAUGAAGCAACCCUGUAUGAGAAUUUAGGCAAAAAAGAGGAAAAGGGGCAAAAGCAGUGGCCUUCGGGGAAGGAGAAGAAAUCAAAGGGCUCUCUGAAGAAAAAAUAAUGCCCUAGAUUAUUCCACCUGCCUGGCUCCAUUCACAGCAGACACAAAUUGUCUACCCCACCCCCACCCCCCGCUGGAAACUUCCUCCGAAAGGUUUACUGAGCUAUGGAGGGUUAGCCAACACAUUUGGGUGCCUGAAGUGGGAAAUCCAGAUGUCACCUUUCCAUUCGCCUCCUACUAAUGAAUGCAAUUCUUCCUGCUUCUCCUAUGACCCAACAUACUAAUCCCAUACACCUCUUGGACUCCCCAGUGCACUUGCAAAUUCAUUAGGCUUUCCAGCCUUUACCUUUUCUAAAAGGCAGUUUUUGAAUGCUUGAAACAUGCCCCAACCACCAUUAAAGUCCAAACCAUAACAAUUAUUGGGGGAGGGCUGUAGGUCAGCGGUAGGACACCUGCUUUG